AUGCAGGAGCGUCGGGCAAGGCGGGGCGGGGUUGCCUCCCGCUGGUUGCUGCUUUGUCUUGGGUUGACGCUGCAGACUGCAGCUCAGCAGUCGACAGAGCUGGAGACUCGGCUGGCGAGAGUGCAGACAUUGCAGCAGACGCUGGUCAGUUGUACGGCCAAUCUCAGCCGCGCUGGGGUCUCCGUACAGCCCGAAAACACGACACUGGCCACCGCUCAGCUCUUUUCCCAAUACAUUCCCUUUGACACCAAUCACACCAUGAUUCUGGCCCAGAGCAUCGCCGCUUUCAAUCGCCACCCCAACAUCACGGACCAAGACAUAAGCGCCGCCCAGCUCGUGCCCCUAACCGAGGCCACACAGCUCCAGGGUGUGCUGCAGCGUGCCGUGGACGAAUGCAACCGCAUGGCGCAGGGUGGAUCACGCCCCCACCUUCCCAUCCUGACAAUGCCCAUCACCUUCAACAGCACGACGGGCGCCUUUCAAAACGUCCACGGUGAGCCCCUUCUGCUCACGGGCUACAACGAGGCUCCAAGUUUGGACAACAAUCCUCAGCACACGGCCAUGGCCCGGGCACUCGGCGUCUAUACGUACGGGGUGGGGUUCAACGUCGCCCAACUUAUGCCUACGCCGUGGAAUAUAUCGCAGGAGGCCAUCAGCAAUAUCAAGUCGAACGUGGUGGCACAAGGUCUUCAAGGACGACUCGCCUCGCUUACCAUGUCCAACGGCCGGCAGGGCGGCUCAAACAGCCCAACCUCAUACGCCAUGCCAGCAUGGGCACGGGACAUGUACCCCGAAAUCAACCGGGAUGCCGGUCAAAACCAAUUUUGCAGCUAUGACAUUGACCACCCCGUCGUUCGAGAAAUCUUCAACCAAACCCUCUCCGCGCUCAUGCCCGCCAUCAUUGAGGAGCCGGCACUACUGGACAUGCUACUCGCCAACGAGCCGGGCUACGAACGCACAAACUCGAGCUAUACCCUGGCCAAGUUUGUCAUCUUUUUGCAGGACUCGUAUAACAACAGCAUCGCGCUGCUCAAUUCUCAGUGGCAUACCAACUUCUCGAGCUUUGACGACCCGCGCAUUGCUCAGGCCAUGAGCCCCCUUGCUUUUGGCCAGGCCCAGACGUUGGUCUGGGAGCGCUUCAACAUGUUGCGCGUGACGGACUUUUACACUUUUCUUCACACUGUCAUUCAAGACGCCGCUGGCGGCCGAGCCAAGCUUCACGUCAAAACCACCAACAGCGAUUCCCUCCUGGGCCCGCACCACUACAAUGGCAUUGACCGCCAAGCUCUGGGUCAGCUCAUGGAGAUGCACGAUUGUGAUACGCGUGCGCAAGCCAGCAGCAAGCCCCACCUAACACUGAAUCAGUAUCCACCCAACACGUACGCCCUGGACUGGGUCACUCUCACCGCUAGCUAUCGCGCCAUGCAGCAACUCUCAACCGAGGUCAAACCAGUCAUCGAUUCGGAAUGGCAUGUCAUCAGCACCGUCUCCUUCCGCAACCCCGAUAUUUCCUGGAAGCACGUGCGCGCCUGCACCUGGCUGGGCUCGCUACAUGGCCUCUCGCUCGUGACCUCCUGGUAUUGGGGUCGAGCCGACUGGGAGGCCACGCCCAAAAUGUCGCGGGAGUUUGCAGGUGCCGAUUUUGCGUACAGCCAACUGAACCAACCACAACUCUUGGAUACGUUUGUACGGGCUGGACAAGAGGUUUCAGCGCUCGGUCAUCUCGCCGCCCCAAUUCGUCAGCAGAAGCCCCAGGUCUACUUGUUUUUCUCAGAGCUCUCCGCGAUCCUGGCGCCCGGCUACAUGGAGUUUACGCAAGUCUUGUACAGCCUGUUGGCCAUGACCAGCCUGAAUGUGGGCUUUGCAUAUGAGUCGGACCCGGACCUGACCACCAAGAUCCAGGGUUCCAUGCUCGUACUGCCACCAGCACUGUGUACCUUUGCGCCCCUACCCCCGCGCUUGCGAGCCUUGCAUCAAGCGGGUACUGCGCACCUGGUGUUGGCCACCAACAGUUCAUUGCACAAUCAGACAUUUACGCUUGAUGAACUGGCUCAGCUGGCCUCGUUGCCCACAUUUGUGAUGGACGGCCUUGCUGAUGCCUCGGCCUUUGCUAAGCUCGUGUCAUUUUUCGAGGCCCACGGCCCCGCUUCUCCUGCGUUGCGCUGUACGCAGCCGACGGGCGAGCAUUCGUCUGACAACGUCGCAGUCGUUGGUGAGGGCAAGCUCUCAAACGUGUUUGGCCUAUUGUGCUUCAGCGCAAGCGCGGAGGCGGUGGUCUUGAUUAAUGUGCUCAACGCGACGAUCGAGGCAACGGUUUCAUCCAGCAGCGGCCAAAAUCUCUCCUUUUACGAUGCGUGGACGGGCGACAAAGUCAACGCCACCGUUGCGCUGGCACCGCUUGAUGUGUUGGUGCUGACGACCUCUUGA